AUGGCGGCAGUCGACUACACCUUCUUUCAUGUCUCAAAGACGACUUCAAUCGAGGAAUCAGCAAGGCUGUACCGCGAUCUGCGUCUCAAAGCACUUCAGACGUCCCCUGAGUCAUUCUCGUCCACCUACGAGAUUGAGUCUGCUUUCACUGAGGAUGAUUGGAUCAAGCGGCUCCUUGAGGGGGACCGAGAAAACUUUGUCUGUGCUGCCACGACUCACGGAGCCGACUCUGCUCCCUCUGUGGAGUGGGUUGGCCAGCUUACUAUCCGGGGACCUGUCAGUCGGGCGGAUUAUACUCUCCCAGAAGCCUCUGGGCAACCCGCCCCAGGCUUGGAUGAAGGGGAAGAGCGCUGGCAGAUGCUGAGUCUCUUCACUUUGAGUGAGCACCGCGGCAAGGGUUUGGGCCAAAAGCUUUGUCAGGAGGCAUUGAGCUAUCUUCAACACACACGACAAUCACCAAAUAUCCUUGUCAGGCUGAUGGUUAAGCCCCAAAACACUGUGACGGUGCACCUCUACGAGAAGCUCGGGUUUGAAACGGUUGGAAAGUGCACGCUUGCAGAGGCACUCGUGGCUAACGGGGAUGGGCACUUACUUCCUGAGGACACUGCGGACCCCAAGUACUCUACUCGCGCUGGCUUAAUUAUGACACUUCGGAUUUCUCGUACCUAG